AGGGUUGCAGCUUUUAGAACCACAGACACAGAGUAGAGGCUUCAUUCCCAGCUCCAAAAAUCCAGCCUCACGCACCCUAUUGCGCCAAGAAAGCCAGAAGCCGGCGUGUAAGCCUUUCUUCGUCCGCGAAUCGAGCCCACCAGGACUGAGGACAUAUCGGGGGGCCCUGUACGGAGAGAUUCCUGCGAGAAAAAAAGAGAGAGAGAAAAAAAAAGGAACCGGGUUCGGUCGCUGGCAUGCUGUGAGAAUUACCUCCAGCUUUGAGAAGCGCUCCUUCCGUCAUGCAGUGCACCUGCAAGAAGACAUCCAGUUGACGGACCGGACUGCUGAAAAAAAAAGAGAGAGAGAGAGAAGAGGGGGAACUUUAAGGGGAAGAAGUUGCCAUCGGAUCGGGGCUGGAGGGGGGUCCAAAUUAUAAGUCCCUCCAUCGAUUAGAAUCACAUUUUUUCUCCACAAUUCCCCCCCUCGAUAGGAAGGCGAAACGGCGACUUCAGUUGAUUAUCUGUCUUUCCUUUGCUAUCCAAUGGAUAUCCACUGCAAAGCAGACCCCUUCACGGCGAUGCACCUAUCCCACGUAGGGCACGGAGGUGUGAACCAGCUCGGCGGGGUGUUCGUGAACGGCAGACCCCUCCCGGACGUGGUGAGGCAGCGGAUAGUGGAGCUGGCCCACCAGGGCGUCCGGCCCUGCGACAUCUCCAGACAGCUGCGGGUGAGCCACGGCUGCGUCAGCAAGAUCCUCGGCAGAUACUACGAGACUGGCAGUAUCAAGCCUGGAGUCAUUGGUGGGUCCAAACCCAAAGUGGCCACUCCGAAAGUAGUGGAAAAAAUAGCAGACUACAAGAGACAAAAUCCCACCAUGUUUGCCUGGGAGAUCAGAGACAGACUGCUGGCAGAGGGCAUCUGCGACAACGACACUGUUCCCAGCGUCUCAUCCAUUAAUAGGAUCAUCAGAACAAAGGUCCAGCAGCCUUUCCAUCCGUCUCCUGAUGGAUCAUCGCUUUCGACGCCCGGUCAUACAAUAGUACCAAACACAGUUUCCCCACCUGUAACCAGCGCCUCCAACGACCCUGCGGGAUCCUACUCCAUUAACGGGAUUUUGGGUAUUCCUCGAUCCAACGGAGAGAAGAGAAAAAGAGAUGACGAUGGUUCAGAUGGUUCUGGCCCAAACAGUGAUUCUCAGGGUAGCGUGGAGAGUUUACGGAAGCACCUAAGGGCAGACGCCUUCACCCAGCAGCAGCUGGAAGCUUUGGACCGGGUCUUUGAGCGCCCCUCGUACCCCGACGUCUUCCCCACCUCGGAUCAUGUCAAACCGGAACAGGCUAAUGAGUACUCACUCCCUGUCCUGAAUUCCAGCCUGGACGAAGUCAAGCCCAGUUUAUCCUCUAGCGCCAACCCAGACCUGGGCCCCAGUGUGUCGCAAAGCUACCCUGUAGGCCGGGAUAUGGCAAACACGACCUUACCCGGGUAUCCCCCUCACGUUCCCCCAACAGGCCAAGGCAGCUACCCAACCUCAACACUCGCUGGAAUGGUUCCUGGGAGUGAGUUUUCGGGGAACCCCUACAGUCAUCCACAGUACACAACCUACAACGAAGCCUGGCGAUUCAGCAAUCCAGCAUUACUAAGUUCCCCUUAUUAUUAUAGUGCCGCAUCGAGAGGCUCCGCCCCUCCCACUGCUGCCACUGCCUAUGACCGUCACUAGUUACCAUGGAAACCAAAUCAACCUGCAGGACCACGGCCUCAGUCUCCAUAUUGCCCAGGUGUGAAGAACACGGUCCACCGGACACUGAGCAAAAAGUGCAUAAAUUGUCCCCGACUAACAAAAAAUAAUAAUAAAAAACAGACAAAAAUAGAGGAGAAUAUUCAUGGAUUCAACACAACCGCCAUCUUCUCUCAUUACAGCUUUUUUUUAAUUUUAUUUUUUUUUUUUUUGGACACCCAAA